AUGGCCACUACCAUCACGUUUGGUGCCAACAAUCGUGGGUUGGAAGUGAAUCAAAACAAUGGCCAAAUCACGAUCGGUGGGACCUCCGAUCAUGAGAUCGACCGAAUGUGCAUCGAAGCCUUACGGUGCCCCAAUUCGCGGACUGUGAGGAACCGGCUGACCGAAGAGAAAGACAAGUUGAGUCCCAAGUUGGUCACAUGGGUUCUCGAGAGCGAAGAGUUUAGAAAUUGGCAAGAUGGCGAAGUCUGUCUGCUUUGGAUUAAAGGUGGUGCUGGCAAAGGGAAGACAAUGAUGGCGAUAAGCCUCGUUGACCAUCUCUGGUGGCUGCGCACGGAAUGUUCUUUGCCAAAUCGGCCUCUGGUAUCGUACUUCUUCUGCAGAAAUAGUGAUACCGAGCUCAACAGCAUCACAGCUAUUCUGAAAGGUCUGAUAUUUCAGUUGGUGGUGCAAGAUGAUACUUUGAUGAGAGUUCUGAGAUCCAGAUGGAAUACUGCCGAGAGAGAAUUCCAGUUUGAUACGACUUCUUGGCGAAAGCUCUGGGAUAUCCUUUGGGACAUGUUAGACCGGUGCACUAGCUCGAAGGUGUAUCUCGUCGUGGACGCCCUCGAUGAAUGCGAGGACAAUGCUAUAGGUGCAUUCUUGCAGUUGAUUGUUCGAAACGGGCUUGAUCAGCCCCGAAGAAUCAAAUGGCUGCUGACGAGUCGACCUUUGGACGCCGCUGAAAGAGAGUUGCUUCCCGGACAUGACCAAGCUCAAGUUAGCCUGGAGCUAAACUAUGACAAUGUCGCUCAGUCCGUGCGGCAAUAUGUCGUGCAGAAAGUGCACGAGCUCGACCGGCGUCAGAGCUAUGGAGAGUCCCUGCGACGGCAAAUUGAGUAUGAGUUGGUGAAAAACGCAGAAGGAACAUUUCUGUGGGCCAGCCUAGUGUGCAAGGAGCUUGAUGGCGUGAGAAAAAGAGGAAGCUCUCGCGACCAUCCAAGGAAUACCUCCUGGUUUAUCUGCUCUUUAUCUCCGGGCGUUUCAGCAGCUCGAGAAGGGCAACAAAUCCGAAGUGAAAGACUGUGUUAG